AUGAUGAAAUUAACUAGUGAUUUUGUUGAUAUUUGGAUAAAUCUGCGCCUGAUUCUCGUCAGCGGCAAAACAAAAGAGUUUUUAUUUAGCCCGAGUGAUUCUGCUGGGGACAUUGCACAACAUGUUUUUGACAAUUGGCCGGAUGAUUGGUGCCAAGAAGCUGUCUCAAAGGCUGAAAUACUCAGACUUAUCUAUCAAGGUCGCUUUCUUCAUAGUAACGUAACUUUAGGUGCACUAGGAUUACCAUUUGGAAAGACUACAGUGAUGCAUUUGGUUCCGAGGGAAACACUUCCAGAGCCUAAUUCGCAAGUAAUUAUUUUAAUUCUGCCACGUAAAAAUAGACGAUGUCGUGCAUCUAGUAAUACGGAAAAUGCAUCAAACAAUAUAUCAGACAUUAAUGAGGGUACGAAGAAAUAUUUUCCAUAUGUUUUAACGUAUAAAAAUACUGCAAAUUUUUAA